CAGUUGCUAAACAGACGCUGAAAGAUCAUCAUCGACCAAUAAAUAGUUGGACAGCGAAAGAAUAAUUUAAAAAUUUCAUAUAUUUAUUAAAUAAAACAAACAAAAUGAGGAUUUAUCAGUUAACUGUGGUAAUAGUGUCCCUAUUACUUUUAAGCACCUUGUGUGAGGCUAAAAGAAGGAAACAUCACAAAAGUUCUGAGGAAUCUGGUGAAUCUUCAAAAACUAAAACCAAAACAAAAUGGUCUUCUUCCUCAAAUUUGGGUCCACAAACCAAAAAUGCCAUGGUAGCCACUGAAGAACAUGGCUACUAUGUUAAGCGCACUUUCCUGCCCUUGAAUGCUGAUGGUAAAAAUGAUACCACCCUAAAAUCUCCUCCCUUCUUGGCUGUACCCAUUGCCUGGUUUCCCUGCACAGAUAUGGACUGUUUAAAACUCAAUUCUCUGGCUAUUAAUUCCAAUAAAAAUUCCCUUAGUGAGGGUUUCCUGUGUGACGAUGACUGUACCGGCCCUUAUGAACCAAUCUGUGGAAAAACUUCUUCCGAAGUGGCUGUAUUCUAUAAUAAAUGUAAACUAAAUGUGGCUAAAUGUAGAAGUCAUGGCUAUUGGUCUGAAUUGGCCUAUGAAGAAUGCAAAACUCAAUACGCCGAAGAAGUGAAAUAUGCUGAAAUGAAAUUUUGCAGAAGUCCUUAUUUUAGGAGACCAGAAGAAAUUCCCCUAAUCGAAGAGAGUAAAACUGAAAUUUCCAAUACAGAGGCUAAUACUGUGGAAUCCACUACGAACACUGAACAAGUGUUGAUACAAGAAAUUAAGGAUACUAAACCCGUGCAGAAAUUGGAAGAAUCUAAAGAUUCAUAUAAGGAAAUUAAGACGGCCAGUGGUACUGUUACCGAAAUGAAAUUGUAGAUAAAUUUGGUGAUAAAAAAAAAUAUAAAAUAAAAAUAAUUUUUAUAAAAAUUUAAUAAAAAA